AUGGGGAAAUCAUCCAAGGACAAAAGAGACGCCUAUUAUAGGCUCGCCAAAGAGCAGAAUUGGCGGGCCAGAUCGGCAUUCAAGCUCAUCCAAAUCGACGAGCAAUUUGAUCUCUUCUCAUAUGCAGAGCCAGCCAAAUGUACGCGCGUGGUGGAUUUGUGCGCCGCUCCUGGGAGUUGGAGCCAGGUGCUUUCGCGCGUCCUUAUUAAGGGUGAAAGCUUCGGCCGAAGGGCGUGGGUAGAGAGGAUGGAGAGAUUCCGGAACCAAACAGGCCCACAGAUGGACUUGGCCUCGGAGGACAAUCUCGCUGCAGUGACGAAGUCGCCUGAAAUGCGAGGGUCUGCUGCUUCUGUGUUGAACCCUCGCCCAAAUGUGAGGAUCGUGGCUAUCGAUCUGCAACCAAUGGCUCCCCUGGAAGGCAUCAUCCAGCUGAAGGCCGACAUCACCCAUCCUUCGACUGUGCCACUUCUCCUGAGGGCCAUCGAUCCCGACUUCGACCAACACAACGAGACACACAGAGUCGACUUGGUCAUCAGCGACGGCGCUCCCGAUGUCACUGGCCUCCAUGAUCUGGAUAUUUAUGUACAAUCUCAGUUACUGUAUUCCGCCCUGACUUUGGCGAUGAAAGUGCUCAGGCCAGGCGGCAAGUUUGUUGCGAAGAUCUUCCGUGGACGCAACGUGGAUCUGAUUUUCGCACAGCUCAAACCCGUCUUUGACAAAGUUCACAUUGCCAAACCCCGGUCCAGUCGAGCGAGCAGCAUCGAGGCUUUUGUCGUGUGCGAGGGAUACCGGCCUGUCAAGGACUGGACUCCCGAAAUUGGAGACGAGCUAAAUAUCCUCCAACCCACCGUCCAGCAACUGGCCUCUUCUGAAACAUCGACCAGACAUCUUCGCCAGGAUGGCACUGUCGAGCUUCACUUUGAAGAUGAAGAGACUGAUCCGCGCAGGUGGAUUGCACCGUUCCUUGCUUGUGGAGAUUUGUCUGCCUGGGACGCUGACGCCACAUAUAAAUUGCCGGAGGAUUAUGUUUCUCUCCCACCAGUGCAGCCACCCACGGCGCCACCAUACAAGCAGGCAAUUGAGCACAGGAGGGCCGAAGGUGGUGCUUAUGGAAGGACAAAGAGCCGAUUGAGAGCAACACAGGAAGAUGUGACAUGA